AUGGAUAUUUUUAAAAGACACAAACAGAACACAGAGAACGUAACAAACAGUUUAUUGCAUGAAGCCAAUAAGACAGCCGAAGAAUGCGGUUUUCAAUCAUCUAUCAUUAGAACUGUAAACAAGCAACAGCAUAGAAGUAAUCAAGCAGCUGAUGCGACUAGUAAAUACUGGAGGAGCUCCAUGAUUCUUCCGUAUCUGGAUUCUAUCAUAUCUUCUCUAGAGACACGGUUUUCUGAAGAAAACACACCGGCCUUCGUUCUGAGUCUUCAGCAUCCCAAACAUUUUCCAAAAAUUGAUUUAAAUUGCCUUAAAUUAGAACUGAGACAAUCCUUAAACCACUAUGAAAUAGAUGGAAUAGAUGCAGAGCUAGAAGUAUGGGUAGAACAUAGUACUUAUGGAAUAAAAAAACGCCUUAAUAAUGAGUUAGACAACAAGUCAAUAAAAUUAGUAUUUUGUUUUAUGGGUGAAAUAUGUCCCAACAGACAUUUAUGGUGUGUUAUAUGUGUCCCAACAGUUAGUGGCUCCGAUGAUGAAGACUACAAUCCAUCGGGAGACGUAGAACGAGAGAGUCACGAAAUAGAUUCAGGUUCCGAUGGCAAUAAGAUGGAUGAAGAGAAUCACAUGAUAAGUGACGAAAGUGAAGAAGAAAGCAGUAGUGACGAAAAUGAUGAAGAAGGCGAAGUAUCAUUGAAGUUAGAGUUAUCGAAUAAUAUCCCCUGUAAUAAUAAUAGACACGAAGACACUUAA